UCUCUGUUUGUGUUUUUCUGAAAAAUGCUAUAUAUUUAUUUCAUCUUCGUGGUUAAGGAAUUUUCAAUCUUGUGUAAGGGCGAGUUAAGGUUGUGUGCUUUGUUACCUCUGUUUGUUCUCGAAAGCCUGCAAAGACAUGGACAGCUCAUGCGGUCAUGCCUCUUCUCUUCCGUGGCUCUGUGGUCCGUAGUCAGCGCCAGACGCCCAGAGCCCCCGACAAGCACCGGACACUCGCUCGCGAAUAGCCUUGGCGGGCCUUUAAAAGGGCGUCCCCGCAAAUACGCCACCCCACACGGAUCGAAAACGAAUUACCCUCGGUGCCCUCCCUCUCGGCGGCGGCGCAAGUCCCCUUCAUCUCCGGCGCGGCAAAUGGCAGGUGGCAGGGUUGCACAUGCUACCCUCAAGGGCCCCAGCGUGGUGAAGGAGAUCUUCAUUGGACUGACCCUGGGUCUGAUCGCUGGAGGUAUGUGGAAGAUGCACCACUGGAACGAGCAGAGGAAAACUAGAUCCUUCUACGACAUGCUUGACAAGGGCCAGAUCAGCGUCGUCGUCGAGGAGUAGUUCCCACGUGUCACCUCAGAAGUUUUUUUUUCCAGUUGUUUUUGAAAACUCACUCUGGAGGGCACGACAAAGUGAAUGCUGUGGAGAUUUGGCUUGAAAAUAAGCAUAACCAUUUGAGAACACCAGCUUCUGUUGAAUUGUCUUUUCUUGUCAUGACUAUUUGAGCAUGUCCGUGUCGUAACCAAACAUCUGAUCUACUUUACAAUAUGUUUUAUGUGAUCUUUGCGAUUAA